AUGAAUAUUGUAGUCUAUGAUUUUAACGACACUGCUACGUGCAGUGCUAAAAAAGAAUUAUUGAAAUUAUAUCCGCACGAUUUAACAUUCUUUGAAAAUCGACCUGAUGGCAUAUUCAAUUUAAAGGAAAUUGAAGAAUUCACCGAACAACGAUUACAAGUAAUGAUGAUUAUUAAAGAAGCAACUGAUCUAGGAUUCGAAUACAUGUCAGAAGAUUGGAAUAAACAUAUUUUCGAUAUGUUAACAACGCACCAUCUUCAAGAUUAUAUUCGAUUAUUCUAUCAUGCUGAUUUCAAAACUUCACUAGAUGAUAUCGAACGACGUCGACGCGAUUUUCUAUCACAUUACAUGCUAGUUUUGGCUUGUUGUUCGAAUGAAACUAAACGGAAUUAUUUAAUUCGAUUGGAAGCGGAUAUGUUUCAUGUCAAAUUUAACAAUUUACCAGAUGCAGGUGUUCGAGAAUUUAUUCGAAUUAAUAAUGUUCGAAUGUUAAAAUUGAUUUCGAAUGACGAGAAGAGUAAAUACCGUGACGAUUUAUUAAAUUGUACGGAUCGAUUGACUACAAGUAAUUUUGAUUCGACUGAUUUUUAUAAAGUUCCUUAUACAUCAGCACCUGAAUUGAUUCAAAAUUUGGAUUGUUUUGUGAGACGAGGCUUUGUCUACGUGCCUCAUUAUCUUUCAGUUUAUGUUUUCAAAAAUAUUUUUAUAGGUUAUUUAACAAACCGUUUAUUGUACUAUUGCGAUAAUCUUAAACAUUUUUUCGAACCACGUUUACAAGAAAUAAUUGAUCGUACAAGGUACAGCAGCAACAAGAUGAUCUCCGAUGACAGUAAUUAUGUCACGAAAACGACUGUAGAUAAUUCCAAAAAGAUUUUAGAGUCAUUUGACACUGUGGCACAAACUUCGUUUCCAUUGUGUUCACGAAAUUUAGUUGAUGUGAUGCAACGAUUUCAUCAUCUUAAAUACAAUGGACGUCAAUUACUUCAAUUGUUUUUGAAAGGAAUUGGUCUAACUGUACACGAUUGUUUGACUCUUUUUAGGAAUGAAUUUACUAAAAUAAUGACUGAAGAUCACUUUCAAAAAGAAUAUGGAUACUACAUUGAAUAUAAUUAUGGCUUAAAGGGAAGCAAAAUCAAUGUUCCUCCACCAAAUUGUAUGGACAUAAUCGAAAAUUAUCCUCCAGCAAAUCACAAUCGUAGGGAAUUUCAUGGUUGUCCGUUUAAAGAGUGGGAUAUACCAUGCUUGGAGAGAAGAUUAGCUCAUUGUGGAAUCAGUAAUGAAGAAAUUACUCAAAUAAGUAAUUUAACCAAAGAAGGACAUGCGCAAGUUGCAUGUAGUAAAUUUUUUGAGUACACACAUGGAGGCACAGAGAUACACAUAAGUCAUCCAAAUCAAUUUUAUAAAGAGAGCAGAAAAUAUUUCACAAAAACGGAAAAAGUUACAGAAGAACAAAAAUCCAUAAAUGUUUAAUAAUUUUAUUUAAAUUAAAAAUACAGGGUGAUUCAGUUAUAACAGCAAUACUUCCACAACAUACACACAUUUUCGAUGAAGUCUUGCUGAUGUAAAUUAGACCAGAGGAUCAGGACAGGGUAGCUUAUUGAGUUGA